UCUCUCUGUACUGUAUAAGUACAGACAUGGAGAUGGAGACCCCUUCACACCGCAGUUCACUUCUUUUACGCAGUGGAGAUGAGCGCACGGAAAGCGAAACCCAACCCGGCCAUGAAACUGAUAGUGCUCUUCACAGCUUCCCUUUCCUGGGCCUUCCAGCAGCAGGACGUACCGCCAAAGUACCAGUACCGCGACCCUGUGACGUCCGACCUCCUCAUGUGUGACCAGUGCCCUCCUGGUACGGCGGUGAAACGCCACUGCACCGCUGCCACUCCCACAGAGUGCCAGGCCUGUCCUGAGAAGCAUUUUGCCGAGAACUGGCACUGGGGGGAUACGUGCCAAUACUGCACCUCGGUGUGUAAAGAGAGGCAACUCGUCAAGCAGCAGUGUAACAGCACCCAUGACCAGCUGUGUGAGUGCGCUCCAGGUUUCCACCUAGUGGUGGAGUUCUGCAUCACACACAGUUCCUGCCCACCUGGCUAUGGAGUGACAGCUUUAGGUACACCGGUGAGUGACACGGUGUGCAAACGUUGUCCCGCUGGUCAUUUCUCCGACAGCGACUCCUCCACCGAGCCAUGUCAUCCCCACAGAAACUGCUCACACUCGGGCCAGAAGACACACAGGUGGGGCACGUCCACCUCGGACAGCAUCUGUGGCCCCCCGGACAGGACACUGGAGUGCUCUCAGCAUCACACUUUGUGCCACACUGAUGUGACCCUGUGUGAGGAGGCAGUCUACCAGUCCCUCUCCUCGCUGCGGCUGUCCUCGGUGCCCCUGGAGCGACUGUUGGAGAGUCUUCCCGGGCGGAAGGUGGAUCAUAAGAGCCUGGAGAAGCUGAAGAAGGCCUGCUCUCCCCAGCAGCAGGUCCUGCAGCUGCUGCGACUGUGGCGGGAGCAGAACAAAGACCACGACAAGCUGUACGGCCUCAUACAAGGUGUGAACCACUGUGAAAGGAAAGUCUCCCGCUGCAACAGCCUAAAAAACCUGACCCUAGAUGACCUACUGAAGGUCACCAACAGCCUGCCAGGGGUCAGAGUUCAGCAGGAGGAUGUGCGGGCUGUGGUUUCUACCUGCCUGCCCAGGCAGUACCUCCUGCAGCUGCUUCACAUCUGGAAGACAGUAAACUAUGACCUGGAUCUAGCCAAAGGUCUGUCUCACAGUCUGAGGGUGCUGCGCAGCGAGGGGGCACCUCGCUACCUACUGAAAGGCCUGAAGAGGAUCGGCCGCAUCAUAGGCAACACCUCAGCGCACAAGAUGUAUGAGAAGAUGUUUGUUAGUAUGCUUCACGAUGAGUCGUGUUUUAAGGCUCAUAAGCCAUUAAAUGAAUAGGUAGGAAUAGGAAUAUAUGUAAAAAGUAAACAGACACUAAUGCGUUGUCACAUUGUGACAUAAAAAGGGGGAUAAAUCCAUGUGAAAGUGUAACAGAUAUGGGUCCAUGUCAGGUCAUUAAAGGAGACUAAUUAUGCUAAUUUUCAGUUUUAUAAUUUUAUUUUGGGCUACUACUAGAUUUACAGGCUUUAAUGCUUAAAGAGACAUAUCAGUUUUCUCAUACUGUCCAGCGCUGCAGAACUGUAUUCCCUCGGUCCGAAAUGCUCAGUUUCUAACUUUCAAGACCUUUUACAUGCACAAGAACCUUUAUAAAACACUGAAUGAAUGAGGAAAAAAAGCAUAACAGGUCUCCUUUAAGAUAUCAUCAGAUUAUAUCAAGCUAUUCAUAAAGUGCCUCUAGAAAUUUUGUCUAACACAAAGGCAAGAUGGGAAGGUAAAUUCUUUGCCUCCGAUUUUCUAUCUGAACUCUAUACCUGUACAAAUUACACCACACAAACAUUUUCCAUUUUAUGAGGUAACAAGGGAUGCUAAUAAAUUCACCCUGUGUCUACGGUAUCUGUCUGCAGUGAAGAAUCUAAUAAGCCUUAAAAGAAAUUCAAAGAAACUGUCACACAUCUGUGCACUCCAGGAAAACUGAAACAAAAAAUAUUCUGUAUAUACUAAAAAAAAAACACACACACACAAAAAAACAGUUUCCUGAGAACGUCUUGAGCACAGUCUAUGAAAACACUAUUUAAAAUGUAAAUAGCACACUAUUUUAUGGAAGAUAUGCAGGCAGAUGAUGUUUUUUUGUAUUAUUGCUUUCUCGCUGAAUGAGAGGAAGGAUUUGGUUUCAUAAUGAAAUACAUGUAUUUUCUACAGUUUUCCUUUGUUUGUUGGUUUGUAAUGGACUGCUGGCAAGUAAAGCUCAUCGGAUUUUUUUUUUUGUAAUUGUCAGCUUUUUGAAUGUACAAAGGAGUGCAAUGUGUUUUCUAUUUAAAAAAAAUAAUAAUUUUACUUUCUGAGUAUGUAAAGGCUUGUUUUUAUUAUCAUAUCAGAAAUACUGGAUUCCAAAUGCUGCAACUUCAUGAAGUGAUAUUUUUUUUAUAUUUUGUUUUAUCACUUUUAUAUUAUUAAAUGUAUGACCUUUAUUGUAUAUAUGCCUGACUGGUCCUCUUCAAGCUUGUGUAACUUUGUGAACACUAAUGUCAAAUGAUCUGAUUAAAAUCAGUUUGUAAGAAA